AUGGUUAAACUAAAAUUUAUUUUUACAUAUUUUUUCAUAAUUUUAUUUAAUAUAUUUUAUGUAUAUGGCAAUAAUUUUUCUAAUUUAAAAUGGGAUCAUACAUUAUUUAGUAUAAGUGAUUUACAUAGUGAUAUGGAUGCUUUUAUAAAAAUUUUACUAAAUGAACAAAUAAUUGAUAAAGAUAAUAAUAUUAUUAAAGAAAAUAUAUUAAUAGUUAUAACUGGUGAUAUUUUAGAUCCUCAUCAUGAUGAUAUAAAUAUUAUAUUUUUUAUUGAAGAAUUAAAUGAAAAAGGAAAAGAAAAAAAUUUUAGAAUUAUUUUGAUUUUGGGAAAUCACGAAGUAAAAAAUUUAUGUUUAGAAUUUAAUGAAAAGAAACAGAACACCAAAUAUAAUAAUAGAAACAAAUUGUUUAAGAAAGAUGAAAAGAUAUAUAAUUAUUUAAUUAAGAAUCCUUUUAUUGUAAAAGUAAACGACAUUAUAUUUUUACAUGCAGGUAUAUUACCUUUUUAUGCUUCAUAUGGUAUCGAUUUUAUAAACAGAGAAGGAAAAAAAGAAGUAGAAGAUAAUUGUGCAUUAUUAAAAAAAAAAAGGGAAAAGAAAGAAGAAUUGUGUAUAUGUUGUGAAUACGGCCCAACUUUAAGCAGAUAUUAUUCUUAUUAUCGUUAUAAUAUUUUUAAAGGGUUUAAGGUAUGUUAUACUCUAAAUAAAUCAUUAAAUUUAUUAAAAUCUAAUAAAAUGGUUAUAGGUCAUAUGGUUCAAAAAAAUAAAAAAGUUAAUAGUCUUUGUAAUGGAAAGCUUUUAUUAGCAGAUACAGGCAUAAGUAAAUGGAAGAAAGGAAUCGUGUCUUAUGUUCAGUACUUUAAAGAUGGUACACAUGUUGUAAAGUAUGUUAAUAGUUAA